AACGGACACCGAGCGUCCACAUGGACGCCUAGCAGCUAGCCGUUAGAUUUCUGGAAACUUCCAGAAGCUGGCGUAGUCGAAUUUUCAUCUAAAUACGAGUAGAAGGUUUGCCUCUGGUGACUAAGUAGUAAACCUUCCAUCAAGUCUAACAGUAAUAGGCUCAACUCAGGAAGUGGAGUUUUUCCUGUUGUACAACAAUGAUGCCUGGCCCCAGUAAAGUGGAUGGGAAUAUAGUCCAUCCACGUGAAAUUCAUGAAAUUCAAGAAAUUGAAGGACCACGAGCAAUUGCCUCUAUCCUGAACUAUUGUCAGCUUAUAUUUAAAACUGUUCAAAGACUGGAAAAUAAGUUUGAUGACUUGGAUGAAAAAGUAACAAAAAUUUAUCGUGCUCGCUCUAGAUCCUUCUGGAAUUAUCCUCCUCUGAGAUCUGCAGUCAGAAAAUACAAUUACCUGAGGUCUAAAAGAGUUAAAGUGCAGAAAGUGGAACAAAUAGUUCAUGAUGAUUCCUUCACCUAUCCUCAAAGUUAUAGUCCAACUUCACCAGUCUGCAGGAGGCAAGAUAAUAACCAGGAUAUGGAAAACAUCGAGCCCAUGGAUUAUACCCUGCCUUUCCAAUACACUGAUGCUAUCAACAACAGCCAAUCUUUCCAGUAUACCGAUGAUAUCAACAACAGCCAGACUUUCCAGUACACUGAUACAGUCAACCUCAGCCCAACUGUUCAGUACACCGAUUCAGUCGACCUCAGCCAGACUAUCCAGUACACUGAUACAGUUGAUCUCAGCCAGACUAUCCAGUACACCGAUAAUGCUGACCUCAGCCAAACUGUCCAAUACACCGAUACAGUCGACCUCAGCCAGACUAUCCAGUACACCGAUUCAGUGGACCUCAACCAGACUAUCCGGUACACUGAUUCAGUGGACCUCAACCAGACUAUCCGGUACACUGAUUCAGUGGACCUCAACCAGACUAUCCGGUACACUGAUUCAGUCGACCUCAGCCAGACUAUCCAGUACACUGAUAAUGUUGACCUCAGCCAAACUGUCCAGUACACUGAUACGGACGACCUCAGCCAAACUGUCCAGUACGCUGAUACUGUCAAUAAUGCCCAGUCUUUCCAGUAUACCAGUACUGUCAACAACACCGAGAAUAUCCAAAAUCCUGAGGACGAUGAUGUUUUUGAUUCAGAGGAUUCCCAGGAAGUAGUGUUUGCUGCAUCUACACCAGAGAGAGACUAUCAAGAAACUCCACCAAGUCCUGUAUAUACAACCCAAACAUAUGCGGAGUAUUACAGGUUUAAAGAUGUACCUGGCUCUUCUACAAUGCCCUACUUUAGUGACUUUGAAAUUCCCAAUAUGGACACCAUCAUUUCUGCCACUUCAAGAGCAAAGGAAGAAAGUACACUCCCUCCAGGCGAGCUUAUCCCCAUACAGAAUCCUGAAAUGAGGCAAAUGGCCUUACUGGAGGCUCAGCGUACACCUGUGAUUGACCCUAACACUUUUGGUUCAUCACCUGAGUGUAACAGGGUUGUUGUAAGACACCUUGGUAACCCUGUAAACUGGUCUGUGAGUGAUGUGAUAACAUUUCUGAACCGUUUAGAUCCUCCAUUGGCAGACCAACUCUACCCUACCAUCAGAAAACAUGAUAUCGAUGGGAAAGCCCUGCUGCUGAUCGAUAGUGAUACAAUGAUAAAAUAUAUGGGGGUGAAGGUGGGAGUAGCCAUAAAGUUUGGAGACUAUAUUAAAAAGCUUAAAGAAGGAGUAAACUUUGGCCAGUAAAAAAAAUGUUUAUAAAACUUUAAAUGUUCUUACAAAUUCUUCCUUAAUGCACAGAUGAUUCCCUAUGCUUAUUAGAUUUUUAAAGAAGAUUCUUAUGAUACCUUAUAACUAGAAUUGAAAAAAUACAUUAUAUUGAAAGCCUGUUUCAAGAUACAUCUAACAUAUUAAUAUUAGCAUAUACAGACUGGCAGUUUAUUCCAUCUUUAUAAUAUUUUCAUUUUAUAAUUUAUAAACAUGCUUCAUGUAAGAAACAAAAAAGGAUUUGAGUUUAUCUUUAUGCAUAUUUUUAAAGCAACUAAAGAGGAAAUAUAAGAAACCAAUAACUCCCAUAAUUAAAGUGGUGAGAAAUUUUUACAGAAGAGAAAAUUAAAGGAGAAUAUAUAGUUACCCUCCUUGGAUGUCUUAUUUAUAUAUUACUGGAGUAUAUUUUUCAUGUUCUCCCAGUUUUCAGGAAAACACUCAAUAGGCAUA